GCGGGCACCGAGUCGUCUGGCAAGACUGCGGGCACCGAGUCGUCUGGCGGAACAGCGGGCAUCGAGUCAACUGGCGGAACAGCGGGCUUCGAGUCGUCUGGCAAGACUGCGGGCACCGAGUCGUCUGGCAAGACUGCGGGCACCGAGUCGCCUGGCAAGACUGCGGGCACCGAGUCAUCUGGCAAGACUGCGGGCACCGAAUCACCAGGCACGACAGUGGGCUCUGACUCAAUUAGCACGACAGCGGGCACCGGGUCAUCAGGUACCGGAUUGUCUGGCUCGACAGCGGGCAUCGGGUCACCAGGCAUCAGGUCAUUUGGCUCGCCAGCGGGCACUGCGUCAUCUGGCAAGGCAGUGGGCACCGAGUCACCAGGUACGACAGCGGGCUCUGAGUCAAUUGGCACGACAGCGGGCACCGGAUCAGGUACCGGAUCAUCUGGAUCAACAGCGGGCAUCGAGUCAACUGGC